AUGGGCUAUCUAUACCGAAUCGCGGCGGUUUUGCUACUUGGCCUAGAUGGAGCUCUUGCGCGCCAGUCUCAUCAGUGGGGGCCGCGGAAUUGGAAGAGCCUGGUCACCUUUGGGGAUAGUUAUACUGAUGAUUCGCGGUUGGGAUACUUUGCCAGUCACAGUGGUGAAGCACCACCAGUAGGCUGGGUGGAACCAGUGAGUAAUAGCUCAGCCUCGGGAGGGUAUACAUGGGGAUACUAUGUAGCCCAAACCGCACAUGUCAACCGCUACAACUAUGCCGUGAGCGGAGCCGUGUGCUCAAAUAAAAUCACCCCGCGCUGGUUUUCUUCAAUCGACGCCGACUUCCCCUCUGUUCUAGAGUAUGAGAUUCCUGCGUACGUCGCCGACAGCAACCAUAUCACGCAGCGGGGGAAGAAAUUCCUAGACAUCCCGUCGGAUGAAACGAUUUACGCGAUCUGGAUUGGAACAAACGACCUGGGGAAUGAUGCCUUCCUCACAGACUCCCAGGUCAAAAACGCCACAAUCCCAGACUACAUUGAGUGUGUUUAUGAUGCCUUGGACAAGGUUUAUGCCAAUGGUGGGCGGUACUUUGUGAUCAUGAAUGCAGCCCCCCUGCAGCUCUCUCCGCAGUAUGCGACUCCGGCGGACGGUGGUCUAGCUGCAACACAGUACUGGCCGGAUAAGGGGUCAAAUCUCACAGAAAUAAGCUACCGCAUGUGGGAGUCUGUGACCACGGUCAACAACGUGUUUCAGUACAAGACUCCUUAUGAGGUGGUGAUAGCGGAUCGCUAUCCGGGGGCGCAGCUUGCGGUGAUGGACACGUAUGGUUUGAUCUCGCACAUUUACUACAAUCCCACCAAGUACCUGGCGGCCCCAGCGAAUGUGACAGGAUACAUCCACCACUGUAAUACUAGCGGAGGAAAUUGCGAGAAACUGCCCAACGCGGCUUCAUUUCUCUGGUAUGAUGAACUACAUCCAUCCGAACGUACCGACCAAGUCAUCGGAAAGGAGUUUGUAAAAGUGGUGCAAGGAAUAAGCGAGUGGGCCACAUAUUGGUGA